AAGAGAGGAUGUGAAUAACCGGGCAUAUUUGGUGACAAAAACCAUACAGGAGCUGAUGCCGGUUGACGGAUGUACGCUAAUAAAUAUGCAUGCCCAACAACAGAGCAAGCAAGCAGAUUCAUCAACAGCUGAACUGAGAUAUACUUAACCGUAGCAUAAUACAAAUUACCAAAGGUGCAACGUGUAAACGUUGGUCGCGGACUCGCAAAGAGUACUAAUUCCGAGAGAGAGGAGAGGUCGCUGGUCCUGUGUAUUUGACCAGUUUCACGUUCAUAUGGUGGGGACUUGUGCAUCCCAUUUCAUUUGCCCAACUACCAGUGCACCGACGGCCAAGUUUAAUGGUUACGGAAUCUGCGUUAGCGUUCGGUGUUCGGUCUUCGAGGUAGUGAAAGAACUAGCUUCGCUUUCGAUCGUUCGUUCUUGUUUAUUUUAAACGUUUCUCUACUCGUGGCUAAGAAGGGAUAACGUAUUUAUGCGGAACCAUUUUCUUUUUUUUUGAACGUAAUUAUUAUCGUUAAGUACUGUUUGAAAAUUAUGUUGUACAGUGUUCCAGCGUCGGAUGCCGGCGAAGAAACCGAGUACGAGUAACGUUUUUUUAGAACAAGGUGUGGUUGUACAUGCGGAUUUCCAUUCGCGAUAGUUCGCAAUAACACAGGUUCAGGUUCGCUUAUAGAUUGAAUACUUUACAUCGAUCAAGAUCCCAGAAAAAUGAAGACGAUAAAAUCCAUACGUUGGAGUUGGACUCGGAUACUUUUAUCGAUAUUGAUCCUUCAUUGUACUACGUUGAUUAAUUUCUGCGAAGCCCAAACCAACGAACAGGAUUAUUGUUACAGCGAUGAAAAAGAUCCUUACGUUCAGUUCGGUGCUAAAUCAGCGUACGAAUUAUUUCGAGCUCAGAAAUUCACACCGAUUCCAUCUUGUAAACCUGUAAUGGUUUGGGGUUCGAUAAGACAUGGCACGAGAUACCCAUCUAAAGAAACGAUGGAAAGGAUGAAAACGUUGACCGAUGUUAGAGAUCAAAUUAUUAGAAAUCACGAAGAAAACAGAGAAGGUCGUUUAUGUGCAAAGGAUUUGCAGCUUUUGAAAAACUGGACCUAUGUUUUAUCUCCAGCAUAUGAAGAUAAAUUAUCUACCCAAGGUAAAGAUGAUUUGCGAUUAUUGGGUCAGAGGAUCAGGACUCAGUAUAAUAGUAUCUUCGAUUCGUAUUCAUCGGAGAAAUUCUCUUUCUUCAACGAUGGAACUCCACGAACUGCAGAAAGUGCGCAAGCUUUCAUCGAUGGAUUUUUUGGAAUAGAUCACGAUCAUCCUCGUAUAUACGAAAAUAGUUCUUUAUUGAAAUCUCCAGAUUCUUGCCAAGCUUGGGUAACUCAAGUGAAGAACAAUACAUCGAACCAAAGAGAAUAUCAGCUCUUCCGCGAGUCUCAAUAUAUCCAAAAAUUAAUAUCAGAUGUCAAUCGUCGUUUAGGUUUUCGCAAUAAUUUAACUUUAGAUAUUAUCGAAUUAAUGUACGACAUGUGCCGGUAUGGCAAAGCUUGGUAUAUCGCUUCAAGGCCACCUUUCUGCACUGUAUUUUCGAAGAAUAAUUUACAAGUUUUAGAAUACAUGGAAGAUUUAAAAUAUUACUACGAUUAUUCCAACGGGAAUGAUCUAAAUAAAAGACUGGCUUGCCCUCUUGUCAGCGAUAUGUUCUCUAGGUUUAGAGACAUAGCUGAGGGUAGAAAUAAAUCUGGUGCGAAACCAGUUGGUGUAUUCUACGUUUCUCAUUCCGGUUUACACGUUCCUAGUUUAGCUUUUUUGAAUAUAAGACUAGAUGGUAAUCAAUUAUUGCACGAUAAUUACGAAGCCAUGUUACGAAGAGAGUUUAUGACUUCGCAGAUUGAUCCAUUUUCGGCUAAUUUGAUGGCUGUGUUUUAUAAAUGCGUUCAAGACGAAGAAAACCGAGUAAUGUUUUAUUUGAACGAAUUCCCAAUCAGACAUCCAGACUGUGAAGGCGCUUUAUGCUCGUGGAAAACACUUUAUAACAAAUACAAAGCCAAUGCCGAACCUAAUUCAUGUAAUUUCGACUUCUGUACGACUGGGCACGCUAAUCGGCUAGCUUCGUCGGUUUCAUGGCUAUCAACGAUGGCCGGUGUUAUCCUAGGAACGUAUUUCAUAUCGAGUCAAUUUUUAUAGUUCCAUCGUCUACAUAAAUACUUAUGUACCUUUCCAAUUCCACAUUUUGCGAUUGUGAGGAUUAAUUGUCGAUCAAUUGACCCGGUUUUUUACUUUACUAUACUCCCUGUGAACUACCAUAUAGUGAUGCUAAUAUUCGUUAUUACGUUGAUAAAACGUCGACGACCGACCGUUUAAUAUAAGCUGAUUAUUAUACACGUACAUGGAUUAGAAAAUAGGUAACUUCGUCCUCGUGUCAUUUUCGGAAUAUUAUAACGGACCAGCACGUAUUAUUUUUUCAUAUUUUCUAGUCGCCAUUACGUCAAAAGAAAGAUAAUAUAAUCGCGUUUUAAAUACUUAUUACGAGUUAUUUUUUAUUUUGCGAAACAGCGUUACUUUCUAGUUAACUCAAGUCUUUCGUAAUCAAAACCAAUCGGUUUAUUUUUAGGCUUAGAAGUUUUUUAAAUAAUAUUACCUAUUAUAUAGAAAUCGUUAAAUUAUUAUUGUUUUUGUUUGUAUUAUUUUUUUCUCAUUUCGAAUUACCUAUUUUAAGUAUGAUAAUUGUUAUUAUACAAGAACAUCAUCAUGAAUUGAACAGUAUUUGUACGAUUUAUAUAGAAUUUUAAAAUUAUUUUUUUUUUAUUAAAUGUAUUCUAGUUUUGUUUUUUA